AUGCCAACAGUAGACACCAGCCUUUACGGUUUGUCUUCCGAAGAAGCUGCGUUCUUCAAGGCGCAAAUCGGUAUCGACGACGAUGAAGACUUGAAGAGGCAUAUCCUGGAGGUGCAGACCAAAGCAUACAAGAUUGCACCAUAUCCUUGUAUCCACAGAUAUAACUUUCUUCGCAUGAACAUGUCGAGGUACCCUGUGUAUGAGCACAUCCUCAAACUUGGUCGCGAACGCUCGGAUGCCGUGUUACUCGACCUUGGCUGUUGUUUCGGUGUUGACGCCAGAAAGGCUGCGGCGGAUGGUUUUCCUGCGAAAAAUAUCAUUGCAUCUGAUAUCAAAAACGAAUUCCUCGAGCUUAGCCACGAACUUUUCAGAACGACACCAACUUCUUACCCGGGAUGCCUCCUUCCUGGAGAUGUUUUCGAUCCUGCAUUUCUUUCGAUAGCUGCGCGACCGAACGACAUCUGUUCAGCCCUGGCUAUUGAUUUGUCCUCGUUGAAAUCCCUCAAUCCCCUUCACGGCCGCAUAAGCGCAAUCAAUGCUACAAGCCUUUUCCAUAUCUUCACUGAGGACAAACAAUUGCAUCUUGCCAGGGCUCUCGCGGGUCUGUUAUCUGCGCAGCCAGGUUCCGUUAUUUGCGGUUCUCAGGUCGGAAGUCUCGAAAAAGGCAUGGCAGCCACUGUAUGGGGCCCUGAGCAUCGGUUGUUCGUUCAUUCUCCCAAAAGUUGGACAUCUUUGUGGGAUGGAGAGGUAUUCGAGAAGGGCAGUGUAAAGGUAGAAACGGAGUUGGUAAAACAUGUGAUUCGCGGGGUGGAAUUCUUCACGAUGGGGUGGUCAGUGGUGAGAUUGUAG